AAACUCACACUAAGAUCCUCAGACACCUUCAAGCAAACAUCGUCAUCUGUCUCCCUUCACUUUCACCUUCUCAAGUUCUCUGCCUUUUCAAGCUUUAACAACUGACCUAAGAUGGCUCCUGAUCUCACCAAUGCCGCCACUGCCACCAAGCCGACUGCCAUCGUCACGAGUCCACCAACCCGUGCCUAUGUCACGUUCCUUGCUGGGACCGGUGACUAUGUGAAGGGGGUGGUAGGGCUGAUGAAGGGCCUAAGGAAAGUGGGGAGCAAGUACCCCCUCGUGGUGGCGAUCCUGCCAGAUGUGCCCGAGGAGCACCGCAAGAUCCUGGUGGAUCAGGGGUGCAUUGUCCGGGAGAUUGUGCCCGUCUACCCACCGGAGAACCAGACCCAGUUUGCCAUGGCCUAUUAUGUCAUCAACUACUCCAAGCUCCGAAUCUGGGAGUUCGUGGAGUAUGAAAAGAUGAUCUAUCUAGACGGCGACAUCCAAGUCUAUGAAAACAUUGACCACCUAUUCGACCUCCCUGAUGGCCAGUUCUACGCCGUGAUGGACUGCUUCUGUGAGAAGACCUGGUCCCACACUCCACAGUACCAGAUCGGGUACUGCCAGCAGUGCCCGGACAAGGUCCAGUGGCCCGAAGCUGAGCUGGGCCCGCCCCCUGCCCUCUACUUCAACGCGGGCAUGUUCGUGUACCAGCCAAGCCUCGCUACAUACGACGACCUCCUCAAGACCGUCAAGGUCACCCCUCCAACGCCCUUCGCGGAGCAGGACUUCCUCAACAUUUACUUCAGGGACAUAUACCGUCCCAUCCCCCCGAUCUACAACCUUGUGCUAGCCAUGUUGUGGAGGCACCCUGAGAAUGUCGAUCUCGAUAAGGUCAAGGUUGUGCACUACUGUGCUGCAGGUUCGAAGCCAUGGAGGUACACUGGAAAGGAGGCGAACAUGGACCGUGAAGACAUUAAGAUGCUUGUGAAGAAGUGGUGGGACGUCUACGACGACGAGUCCUUGGACUACAAGAACUACGUAGCACCUGCAGUCGAGAUCGAGCCCAUGAACUUGCAGCCAUUUGUGGAGGCCAUGUCGGAGGCACUAUAUGUAACCGCCCCAUCGGCUGCUUAGUUCGAACCAGGGGCGGCAGGUUCCCAAGGACAAACGAAGUAUAUAGUAUGUCCUAAUCAUAUUUUAUGGUGGGUUGCUUUGAUACUCCAGCUGAUGGGAUUUCUUUUCCGUUGAAUUUGGAGGUGAAAGCAAAAACAACUUGUUUUUCAAUUUUUAUGUUUUCUUCCUUGGGUCUUUGAUGUAAAGGGUCUAAACAAUAUGACCCCCUCCCAAAAAAAAAAAUCUCAACGAUAUUAAUGCAAUAUAUUACAAUUAAUAUAGCUA